AUGAUUUUAGAAUUCCAUCAGUUGGAAAAUAAUUUACAUAUAUCUCAGUAUUUAGCUGAUACACGGGAGAUAUUGCACAAUAUGUUACGUACAGGAAGUAUCACAGAAGACACUAUGAUCAGUUUAAAUAUAGUGACAGAUUGUUGCUAUGCAUGGAAUAUAAUGGAAUCUUUUAUUGAAACGAUGCAAGCUAGCAUAAAAGAAUGUCCUCCUACUGUAAUUAAAUUAAAAGCAUUGUUUUUAAAAAUGGCUUCGGCGUUGGAAACACCGUUAUUGAGAGUGAAUCAAGCACGUAGUGCAGAUCUAUCAUCAGUAUCUCAAUACUAUAGUAGAGAAUUAGAAAAAUAUGCAAGACGUGUCUUACAAAUAAUACCAGAAACUGUAUUUGGUUUACUCGCUGAGAUCGUACAUCUUGAGACAAAUGCUUUCAAGGAAAUUCCUACUAGAUUACCGAAAGAUAAAUUAAAAGAAUAUGCACAAUUAGAUGAUAGAUUAAAAAUGGCUAAGUUGACGUAUGCUGUGUCAGUAUUUACGAAAGGUGUAUUAUCCUUGAGAAGUGUUCCCUUGGGAGUGUUGAGAGUUGAUUCCCAUCGCUUAUUAGAAGAUGGUAUACGACAAGAAUUGGUAAAGAAAGUAACAGUAGCCUUGGAUAAUGGUCUUGUUUUCGAAUCAAAAUCAAAAAUACCGAUAUUACAGAAACUUAAUAAUUUAGCCGCAAUUAUGGAUGGUUAUCGUAAAUCUUUUCAAUAUAUUCAAGAUUAUAUAAAUAUUAAUAGUUUAAAGAUAUGGCAUGAAGAGAUAUAA